GCACUACAAGUUUUCUCCAAGAUACUGCAAAUCUAGUAGCUAAGAGAGAUGGAAGUUCAAAUCAUUUCAAGAGAGUUGAUAAAGCCAUCUUCCCCAACAGUUCAACACAAAAGACCCUAUAAACUCACCCUUUUAGACCAACUUACUCCUACAACAUAUUCUCCACUGAUUUUGUUCUACCCCAUGAAUAAUAUAUCUACUACUCUUCAAACCUUAACCCACUUAAAAGCCCACUUAAAAGAAUCUCUAUCUCAAACCCUAAAUCUGUACUACCCUUUUUCUGGAAGACCAACUUGUGAUAACCUCUAUAUCAAUCGUUUCAACGAAGGAGUUCCAUUCUUUGAAGCUAAAGUGAAUUGUUCCAUGUCUGUUUCUCAUUGUUCCAUGUCUGAGUUUCUCAAGCUCCAUCAAACGGAGUUAUUAAACAGUUUUCUUCCAUGCAACCCCUUUACCAAGGAAGUAUCCAUUGAAAUACCCAUAAUAGCCUUCCAAGUAAGCAUGUUCACUUGCGGUGGAAUAACAUUGGGUUUGAGCAUGUCACAUAAGCUAAUAGAUGCCGUAACAGCUUCUGCUUUCAUGUCUACUUGGACUUCUUUACAUCGUCGGGAUUUUAACGGCGUUAUAGCGCCAUAUCUCCACGAACCAUCACUAUUUUUCCCUUCACGAAUUUCAUUUCCUCAAGGCCAUUUAUCUCUAAUGGAGAGUUUAUGGUUCACCGAAGCUAAUUACAUUACAAAAAGAUUUUCUUUUAAUCCUAAAGCCAUAGCUACUCUAAAAACUAUGGCAAAAGGCGACAGAAAAAAUAAUGUAGAUCAACCAACCCGAAUUGAAACGCUUUCAUGUUUCAUUUGGAAAUAUUAUAUGCAAGCAUCAUCAAUGGUGGAAUCAAGUAGAGGAAGUGAAUCUAGAACAUCGAUUUUAGUUGAAGCAGUAGAUCUACGGAAGAAAACAAAGCCACCAAUGCAUAAUGGGUCCAUUGAUAAUGGGUCCAUUGGAAACUUAUUUUGGUGGGCAGUAGCAGUUGCAGAUCCUAAUGAUAAAAAAAAUACAGAGUUACAUGAACUCGCAAGUUUAUUAAGUGAAUCUGUUGGGGUAUAUAAAACUGAGUAUACACAUAGUUUACAAGGCGAUAAUGGGCAUGAGACUAUGUCAGAGUACUGUGAGCAAUUAAGUGAGUUGUUUUCUUUAGAAAAACCUGAUAUUUUUGCCUUUACAAGCUGGUGUAAUACGUCAGCUACAAAGCUAGAUUUUGGGUGGGGAGAGCCUUAUUGGGUUGGAGUUAUGGGAAAAGCAGGAGCUGCAUUUAGAAACUUGACUGUUUUUGUUGUUUUUGUUGAUGCAAAGGAUGGUAAAGGGGUUGAAGCUUGGAUUACUUUAGAUGAUGAAAGAAUGGAGAUUCUUCAACGUAAUCCUGAGUUCUUGGCGUUUGCUUCUCCGAAUCCAAGGAUAUCUAGUCUGUGAUCAUUAUGUCAGGUUAAUAAAUAAGGACAAAGGAAAUGAGCUGCCUCGGGCUUAUCUGAAAAGAAAUAAAAAAUUUAAAAAAAAAAAAGAAAAAGAAAAGCAAUUAGAUCCUCGUUGGAAUCCAAGUUUCCUUUUCAUUCAGGGAAAAUAACUAAUUUACUCUGGUGUUUUAUGUCUAUUACACCUGAUAUCUAUUUCGUCCAUUUUUUACACUUUUAAAUAAUAAGUAAAUCUAAAUUUAUGCGGUUUAAGGAGAUAGAAAUUAAAUAUGGGUAAAAAAAUAUCCCAAAUAGCUCCACCUCGCUCUUCUCUGCGUUUUGAAUUUUAGUUUCUUGUUACUUUUUUUC